GGGAGAUUGACGGGGGGAGUGAUGCGAGGUUUGCGUAUUGUGCAAUGUGUAUCCGGUGGAUGCUGCGGGGGAUUGGUGGAAGAGAGGAGAUGGAGGAGGUGGAUGUAGAUGUGGAGGGGUUGGAGAGGUGUAUAGCGGGCUGCCAAACGUAUGAUGGGGGCAUUGCUGAUGAGCCGUUUCACGAACCGCAUGCGGGAUACACCCACUGCUCCAUCUCCGCACUCGCGCUCCUCUAUCGCCCCCAGGAACCUCCUCCGGACACACCUCAGCAGAUCGACUCGACAGACAUAGACCUGUUCGCAAAAGUCCUCGACGUCGAUUCCGCUAUCCGAUGGCUAGUCUCCCGACAAACCUCUGAUAUCUACCUCCACAACCCGGAUGAUUCCUCCGGCGACGAAGAAGAUGCACCCGUGAAGCCUCUCGAGUCCCUCCAGACCUCCGAGCGACCAACUUACGCCGGAUUCAACGGGCGGACCAACAAGAUCGCGGAUACGUGUUACGCAUUCUGGGUGCUCGGAUCCCUGACAAUCCUCGGACGAGACGACCUCAUCGACGCGGAAUGCGUGCGGAGCUACCUCCUAUCGAAGACGCAGCACCGCAUUGGCGGGUUUGGGAAGACGCCGGGGGACACGCCGGAUCCGUAUCAUUCGUUUCUGGGGCUCGCGGCGCUGUCGUUGCUGGGGGAGGAGGGGUUGAAGCCGUUGGAUGCGGCGGUUUGUUUGAGUGGGAAUGCGGUGGGUUGGAUUCAGGGUCUUCAUAAGAUAACGAGAUAGGACUUGGGAGAAUCGACUUGUGUAUACCGGUACCAUCCUAUGUAUCCUCUCUAUUGGAGAUGAGUGUAGACUGAGAUGCUGGAUUGUUUAUUGUUGUAGUCUGAGAGACAGGAUCCAUCCUACCUCGCAUCAUCUCAUCCGAGACUCCAAGUAUGA